CCUCUCCUUCCUCUCUAGUACAUCUCAUGAGUAACGUCUAUUCUUCUUAAACCAAUGCGUGUGUGUGUGUAUAUAUAUGUACAUCAUUAUUCCAUCUUGUUCUUCAUAUAUAUCUGAUAAUUAAAAUUCUUUAGCCAAAUAACCAAGACCAUGGAAGGCCAUCAAAUUACAAAGGAGGAGGAUGUGCUCUUCAUGGAAAUUGAGAAGAGGAUUUUGCUUCUUGUGAAUGAUGAUGAAGAAGAAGCAGCAAAGAACAAAUAUGGAUUAGCUGGUAAUUACUCCAUCAAGAGACCAAGUUUAAUAAAUCCAUUGAUCCUUGCAGAGAUGAACCACUUCAGUUGGCGUCAUAAUGAAUGUGAACAGUUACUCACUCUAAAGCAGAGGAACCAAUUAAAAGUUUGGUUGCCAAGGGAGAGUAAUGGAACAGGAGUCUUCAUUCCAAAUCAUCCCACUGCUUCUAAAAAGAGAUGUGAAGAUGGGAAUGGCCGUGCAAGUGGACCGGCGCUGAAAGGAAGAAGGCAUUUGAACGGACGAGUUUCUAGUACACUACGAUGAAGAUUUUGAAUUUCUA